AAACACUAACUAAAGUUUCUCUGGACUCUCGUGCAAACUGUCAGCUGGAGACAAGCUCGAAAACGCCUCUCUGUCUGAGAACUGGGUUAGCGAAUUUAAACAAAUCGGCUAUAUAAAUGCGAAAAGGGCAUAUCCUGGUUAGCAUCUGAACCUACGACGCGACACAUCCGCCUUGGAGUCAACAGAAGGGAAUUAAAAGAGAAACGCUGGAGUACAAAUGAAGCUAGAGCAUCACUAACGAAAGUCACCUGAAGACACAGUGACAACGACAAACGCAGCCUCCGACCUGCUGCUCCUGCCUUGGAGGUGCCUUUACAAUGGUGACACUAAAAGAAUCGUACUUGUCACACUAAGCCAGAGGAAAGACUUCCUGUUACAUGCACAUUGCCUCACUUUCAGUGACAACCAUCCUAAACACUCCAACGGUGCUAACCUGGUGUAGUCAUGCAUCUGGAAGUGAAGGUUGCUCUCAAUUUCAUCGUGUCCUACCUGUACAACAAGCUGCCUCGGCGUCGAGCUGACCUGUUUGGUGAGGAGCUGGAGAGGAUACUGGUGUCUCGCUUUGAGGGUCACUGGUACCCUGAAGCCCCUCUUAGGGGCUCGGCCUUCCGCUGCAUUCACCUGGGAGCACCUAGGGACCCAGUAGUGGAGCUGGCUGCCAAACGAAGUGGACUGGACACUGAGGAAGUGCGUGCAAAUGUUCCUGCAGAGCUCAGUGUGUGGAUUGACCCUUAUGAGGUGUCCUACCAGAUUGGAGAGAAGGGGGCAGUGAAGGUUCUCUACCUGGAGGACGCCCCAGGCCUCGGCUGUGACGGCGAGAGGGCUGAGGGGGUGAUGAGAGACGGGAAAGGAGAUGCAGAGGCAGAGGAGACCAAGAGUCUGGGCUUUAACCCAGACGCUCAGGUGUUUGUGCCAGUUGGAAGCCAGGGGUCUCCUGCCCUCAUGCCAUCGCUCUCUAGCUCUCCCACACCUCUGUCUGCCCAGUCCUGCCCCGGGCUCUUCAGCUACCCCAGCUCCAGCACACCCACUGACCCUGCUGCUCACUCCUCCAACACCUCCACCCCUUCCCCCCCGAGCGGCGGGGCGCCCUUCUCUAAAUUCGGAUCGACCAAGAUGAAGAAAUGCAGCGGGGCAGGGUCGGCAGCCAGCUCUGGGGUCGUUGUACCUCCCACCCAGAGGAUGCUCUCUCGUUCUCCCACCGCCAUCUCGGCGCCAGAGCUGCUCAAGCACAAGCCCCUGUCUCUCUCUUUGCAUUCCCUUGGAGGUCCCAUCCCCAGCCAGCUCUCUCCCAACGCCAAAGAGUUCAUCUACCCAGGAUCCCCUGGGCCCCUUUACUUUGAUGCUGACCCCCAGUCCAUGCAGCCUCAUGCCAGCCUUUUCCAGCCCCCCCACACCGUCAGCACCCAUCCAUCCUUUGACCCCUUCUCCAGCCCUCCUCCUGCCCAGAGCAUGAGCAUCAUUGGCAGCAACGGAGGAAUCUCUGACAUGGAGAAGCCACCAUUUGUCGAGGGCCUAGGAAGUUACAACCUGCAAUAUCCUAGCCAGUCCUUCCAGCCUGUGGUGCUGGCCAACUAAGCCUUCAUUUGUAAUGAUAGGAGUAGGACGAGUCGCGUGUUGGACAGUGAUGCUCCAGAUAUUUUCAGUUUUUCUAAGAAAUUGUUCUAAUACUAAUACAAGUUAAGAAUUAGUUUUACUACAGAGAUUUGAAAUACCAUAUCCACUGAAUAUUUCAUGUGACUUUGUUUUGUUCCUCUAAAUCCCACCCUGCACCUUUGUCCACUGCUGUUACGUUCUGCAUUGGCUUUGACUGAGUAGGUGGGGGUGAGUUCCUUUCUACCUUGAGGCGUUGCUAACCUCUUAUGCUUAUUAUUUUUCAUUGAAUGUUAAUGUGACAGACCUUUUUUUUGUUUCUUGACUUGUGGACACAUGGACCCGGCUCUACUAUAGCUCGAUUUUGCACUGCACUGUCAUGCUGUGAAAAAGGACCUUGCCAAGUCCUGCAGGGAAUGACGGCUGUGGAAAGCUCAGCACUUGGCUCAGCAAUCUGCUCUGCCCUACUUGCCACAAAUACAAAGGGGCUCUGCUGUCUGUGUGUAGUCCUGUUCUGUUUUGUUGUGGCUCAGCGUGAUCGAGACAGUGGGCCCAUUACCCUUGAAAUGCACUCAUGCACAGGCACAAUUUGACUCCGUUGUUGUCAGCGGGUGUAGAGUGAAAGUAGUUUCUCAUCAGCUCAAAUGUGUGCGUGAGAUAAAUGAAGUGAGAGCAGUGGAAGGAGCAGGAAGGGAGCACUGGAGUGUCGAGGGACUGAUGUAGUAGAAUGUAUUGUACCUGUCGGGGCAAACUGCAGCAGCUCGGAAGGUCAGGGACACUGGUGAAUGUGGGAGGGAAAUGAAUCUUUGCAUUUUAAGGCGGCAACCAUGUGCUGAUACCUCAGUUAUACACACAGUGACUUAAGUAGUAGUUUUAUACAUAUAUUCAAACGGACAGAUGUGUAGUACAUAAGUUCUAGUCGUCGGUGUGUGAAGGUGAGCAGGGGGAGGGGAUGUAGCAGCUAAGCAGUAGGGAUUGUGAUAAAUGGUUUAGCAUGACUCUGACUAUGAAGGAGAGGUUUUCCUCUCUGUGGAGGAGAGAGAGAGAAGCGGCUCCAGAGCCCUGUAGCCUCGGUGGCUUCCAGAUUUUAUUGGCUUAGAGAACGACACUUUAACACCCAGGGCACGUUUCUGGUGAGCUUAAGCAGUAUUGAAGCCAAAGGCUCACACUGUUCUCUGCCUCCUCUUGAAAUUCUUUACUGAUCUCUGCUUCUGCUACAAAGGAAGAACCAGACACAUGCAGCUCAGGUUGCUCUGUCUCUUCCCCCUGUUGCAGUGAUGAAUGACAAAGAUGAAUGUGCUUAUCAGGUCUCUGCUGUUUCUAACAUGUGUUUAUCAGCCGGGUCCAUGUGAUGUUGGUUAGUAACUGCAGGGAAGGGUAACCCCCCCCCCCAUCAAAUCCAUUUGCGCUGUCCAGCACUUUAUUACUGAUGCCGUGUGUCACCCACAGACAUGAGUGCUAAACCAUUCCUCUGCCCCCUGUGUGGUUCUGGCACAUUCUCUUCAGCCGUCAUCAUGAAAUGCUUGAGAGAUUCACAAUUUGUAUUUGAAUGCAUCCCACAGGUGUGGAGAUGUUGUCAGUCGGCCCAUGUAUUUGAAUGUUUUCUAGGCUUGUACUGAUAAAUGCUUUUGUAUAAGGUGACCCAUGACUUGUGUCCACGCUGGGGUAUUGCGACGUGACAGCUCGUCAAAUGCAUGCUGAUUUUAUUUCUGUUUUGUUUUGUGUUUGUUUGUUUUGAAAGGGAUGACGGGGGAGGUACAUGCCUCUGCAAGUGUCAUCAGUGAGGGGAAAGAUUUCUUUUAUAAUUUAUUUCUAUAUAUUUUUUGUUAUUGCUAAUGAUCACUUAGAUUUGUAUGAGUAAGACAUGGCAAGUCCAGGAAUAUGUACAGUAUAUAAAAUGUUCUUAUGUUCAGAUUCUUUGUUUAGUUUCUUAUAUGCUGAGGUUAUUUUUUCAGAAAAUAACAUGAAUAUAUGCAAAUUGAGACAAAAAUAAAGGUGUAAAGAAUAAAGUCUUGGAUGUGCAUUUUACCUUGUACAGCAUUUUGCUCAUGACGGGUAAAUGUAUUAAUUCUUCAAGAUGGGUUUGGAGUUUAAGAAGUGUAUGUUUACAGUGGGUUUGUUAAAGAAACGAUGGCUGAACUCACUCUCUCCUGUGCUGCCAGGGCAGCCUGACAACACCACUGCCAGAGGCAGUGCUCAUAGACCAAAAAUCUUCACUGUCCACAUCAGUAUUUAACAAUCUCCUCUUAAUGUAAAUUUGCUGCAUUGCCCAGAUCCACCCCAGGUAUUUGAACAUUUCCCUUUUUCUUUAACAAUUGCUCAACUAACCCUGUUUUUAGUCAGUAUGCUGCUACCGGACCUAAAUUCAGAUUUGUAUCAACAAUAUGUCUUAACGCUACAUUUCCCCAAAUAAUUUUACUUCAUCUCAUCCAAGUUCUUCUUCAGUGGAUCCCCCCCCAAAUCAGCCUGGUCCUGGUACUAUAGCCAUAUGUCCGAUUACCUUUUGCUUAUGCUCACCCUGCUCCAGUACAAUGUUACGCCAUAGCUGAAAUGACCCUGCAGGAAUCAAGGGGUUCCUACCUCUCUGCACCCCAGAAGGAAAACACUGUCUCUUCAGUAAGAAGACAGUGGCAGUUUGGGAGGACAAAGGAAAUGAAUGUGCUUUGAGUAGAUUCUGAUCUCUCGUUAGUUGACCCUGGUUGAGGUGGCCUGCAGAAAAUAAACAAGGAAGCUACUCUUUGUGUGUGUGUGUUUGUCUUGGAGAGAUUUUUAGUCACAUGACCCACAUUUUGUCAGAUUAUGCAGCACAACUGAGUCAGGCUCUUGAGGUGAGAGAUCUGAGGAUGUGGUUGUGAAAGCUGGUUUGCUCACCUCAUAAGAAUGAGUUUGUGUUUUAUAUCUGGGGAAGAGAUCACACAGCACAUCACCUCUAAGCGCAGGCUGAUCUCCAACCAGGGUUGAACAUUGAGGAGGAAGGAGUUUUGUAUUCUGAUGUCCUUUUGCUUAUAUCUUUUAUUUUGCCCUUUGGAAUAUUGUCAUAAAAUUUAUUUUCUAUGUAAAUUUAACAUUUGAGAGUAAAAUGGAUCUAAUUAAAAGUUCAGAUGUAUAAAAGUAGUGCUUUCUUUCCUGCCUGUAUUUUAUUAUUUUCCUAUUUUGUAUUUGACCUGUAAACCCUGUAGAUGUAUAAUGAAUCUUUCACUACUGAAAUGCAAUGACCUGUUUUCUGUGCUGCCCCUUGGGAACGGGGAGUUGCUACUGCAGUUUCUUAUUGUAUCAGAUUCUUUUUUAAGUUUGUAAUAAAAACAGACUGGCAAAAAA